AUGCGACUGGUUGACACAACCAGUUCUGCUUUCAAAACAGCAUCUCGAUUUGCUGCACUCAGUCAUAUGUGGGGAGAUAUAUCUACAUCACCUCCUCUACAGACGUUUCAGUCAAAUCUUGAGCAGCUACGGCAGACUAUAGAGCCGACCGACCUACCCAAGAACUUUGCUGAUGCGGCACGAGUAUGCAUUCAACUCGGGAUCCCAUAUCUUUGGAUCGACUCACUCUGCAUCAUCCAAGACUCGGCCGAUGAUUGGAAGCGGGAGGCUGUCAAGAUGCACCUCGUGUAUCGCCACGCCGUAGUAACCAUCGUCGCAACUUCAGCCACGUCAACGCAUGACGGAUUCCUUGACCGCGACUUCGAAAAGACUCUGGCCGCAAAGAUUUACUACUCCUUUGACUAUGGCCAAGAUAUUCCACCAUCUGGGCAUGGCCGGGAUAGAUAUAUGGUCUUCUACCAUCGUCAACACUAUGAAGAUUCGUUCCCUACAUACGCAAUCAACAACUCCAAGUGGAACACCAGGGCUUGGACAAUGCAAGAGAGAAGCCUCUCGACGAGGCUCAUACACUUUUGCCGCAACAAGAUCUUCUUUGAAUGCCGGUCCUGCAUCAAGUCUGAAGAGAACGAACCAGCUGCCCACUAUGCCCUGAUGACCAGAAUACUCUGGCCCAGAGAUUCUUCGACAUCCUGGGAUACGCUUUAUGAGUUUUGGCAGUGGUGCCUGACGCAGUAUUGCCCAAGAAACCUAACCAAGGGCAAAGACAAGCUCAUCGCAAUCCAAAGCGUGGCUGAGGAGAUGAUGAGUAUCACCAAGUGGGAGUACAUCAGAUUUGCAGGGAUGUGGAGGCACAAGAUCAGCGAGGAGCUCUUUUGGAUUUUUCCCUACGGAGAAGCCAGAAGGCCUGAUGCCGCUCGUGCACCGAGUUGGUCAUGGAGUGCGCUGGAUGGACACGUCUUGUUCAAUCCCCGAAUCCUGCCAAAGGGGAAGCGAAGCGUACCAGAGCCACUGGCUCUCAUCUUUGAUGAGAUCAAGGUGGAUGUUAUCGAUGUGUACCCCUCGAGGGAACAUACUCCCACUGGUGAGAUACAUGGUUAUCUCGAGGUCAAAGCCUGGGUGCGGCCUAUCUCAACGGUUGUGAAGGCUAAGAGUGUUAAUGAUGACGAAGAAUUUUUCCCGUUCAAACUUGUAGCUGGAUCCGACGGAGUCAGUCACGGCAGCGGAGAACAAGAGCAUGUUUUCGCUCACGGGAGGUUGGAUAUGAACACGCCCAGAGGGAACACUAGGCUGCUCUAUCUGCACAUCGGCAUUGAUAAGCGCCUAACGGGCCUCAUUCUUGAGCUUGGGCCAGAAGAUACGACAAGAACAGGAAAAUCACUGGAAGUCUGGAGAAGAGUGGGCGUUGCCACUAUCUUUGACGACGAAAGGGGAUCCAUUCUCUCAACGGAUCUGUUCGGGAACGGGACAGGGCGAUCAAAGAUCAUCAUGGUGUGA